UGUAUCGUGGUCUAGUUUCUCGGGGACAAUAUUAUCAAACGGACUGACUGCGAUGUGUUCGCCAUUCGUUCAAAUCACGUUUAUUUUAUACUACGUAGUUACAUAAACGUGAACAAAACAACUUGUGCUUGCAGGCGCAAAGACGAGGCUUAUCAAAAUAUAUUGUUUGUAUUUGCUACAAUAACACCGUUAGUGAACGUUACUUAGCACCCGUCGCGAUGGUGUCCUCUUCAAACUGACCGGUAUUUUGGACCGAGGUCGUUAUCGUUAUUUCUGAACUUUUAACAGAAACAUAUAUGUGCUUAAAUAGUUAAGUUUAUUCAGAAAAAUCGCCAACAACAAAAAAGCCUGCACCUCUGCUUAGGUCGUUUUUAGCACAUUUUUAUGUUACGCGUAUGACCACCCGUUAUCUCACGUUAGCUUAACGCUAUCUCCCGUUAGCUUAACGCUAUAUCCCGUUAGCUUAAAGCUAUCUACACGUCCACAGGCGACCGUGGAUGACGCAGUGUAACCUCUACGAGUGAUAACUUCUAACGUGAGCGCCUGUCUCUGCUGCAGACGAUGCCGGUGACAGCCCCACGCCUCUCCAAGGUGCUGCAGCUCACCCUGGCGGUGAUCAAACCCGAUGCUGUGGCUCAUCCUGUCAUGUUACAGGCUCUUCACCAGAGAAUACUGGACAACGAGUUUUUAAUUGUUAAAUGCAAAGAUCUUGCGUGGAGGAGACAGGACUCAGAGAGGUUUUAUGCUGAACAUUCGGGGCGAUUCUUCUACCAGAGACUUGUUGAGUUCAUGUCAAGCGGUCCGAUGCGAGCCUACGUUCUGGCCCGGGUGGACGCCAUACGUCACUGGAGGGAACUGAUGGGGCCGACUAAAGUGUUCCGAGCCAGAUACACCUCGCCCGAUAGUAUCAGGGCUCAGUUUGGACUCACAGACACCCGGAACACGACUCACGGCUCGGAUUCUGUUGAGUCGGCUCAAAGAGAAAUCCGGUUCUUCUUCCCGGACUUCUGCGCGCAGGAGUGGAUGGAGAAGGAGGAGCCAUCGUUUCGAUCGGGGCGAAUACGUUACGACCCUCAAAAAAAGAUUCACACACUUUCAGUGCAAAGCUGACCCCAGAACUGCUGCCACAGGUUCUGAUCCCCAAAAGGACCACUCAGGAUCUCUGCAAUUGUUAAUCCACAGAAUUACACAAAUUACACUUCAUAGAGAGAUUUAUAUAUAUAUAUAUAUUACAUGCUGUAUAAAUAUGUCUAAUGUUUGAUGAUGCCACAAAGGUGAAUGUUAAUUAUUUAUCACCACAUUUCCUCAAAGUGCCAACUUGUUCAUCCCAUGUUUUUGUCAAGUAAAACC